CUUCUGGUACUGUCAUUUUUGUAUUUAAGGCCAACUUCGCGGUGUUUUGCUGAAAACCGUUAUUUUUAUUCAAAUUUCAAACUGUGUUGAUCUUUGUUGCAAGUUCUAUUGAAAAUGUUUCCGAUUAAAAGUGAUAGUUUUAGUUUUCGGCGUAAUUCGACAGCGAAUUCUUCGAAUUCCAGUAACAGAAGCUCGGGAAUGCAAAAUUGUAGGAGAAAUUUGCAGAAGAAUUUCGAAGAUAAAAGUGAUGAUUCCAGUAAGGAAGGUAACGAUAGGAGCGUUUUAUCCGUUUUGUCUUUCAAUGAGAAUACGAGGAAAGUUUUGAGGAAUGGGGCUGAAAGGAUUACAAAGACUUUUAACACAGUUCGGACUACAUUUGGAUCAAUUUCACAGAAGUUCAAAAUAUCGACCAAAAGACGUCAAAUUUUGGAGGAAGGACCCAUGACUCCCAAUUGUGCAACCCCACAAACUUUUUCAAAACAAAUUCUUGGCAGGACUCCAGAGAAAAUGUACAGCCCCUUUGGUAUCGAUAGCCCUUACUGUAGUACAACAUACAACAAAGAGAAUGUGCCUAAUUUGAAUAAUUUUGCCUCUUUAUCAAAAUACAAUAGAUAGGUAUACCUACCUACAGGUAACUUAAUGUAAUAUUUUAAAGUAUUUAUUGUACUUUUAUUACUAUGUUUGUGUUUGAAUAUUAUUUCAGUGAAAUUAUUUUAAGAAAGGGAUUAUUACAGGUGUUUAUUAUGGGCGAAAAAAAUUUAAAGUGAAAUAACAAAAUAAACAUUUUGUUCUAUAAUUGCUUUUAAAGGAUUCAUACACUGCGUAGAAUCCCUUUACACACCGGUAUUUUUUACAUUAAAAUCGCAUUUUAUUAUUUUUUUUAAUAAUUAUUUAUAAUUUUUUAGACUGAUCUUUUUACUCUAAGGCAAAAUAUUUUUGCCACCUUAUAUUUAUUAUGUAAUUAUUAAAAUUUAUACAGUUUAUAA